CAACAACAAGGAUGGCAUUGCCACUCCAAUUGAAGCUGCUUGUCACAAUCAUCGCCUUGUCAAGUACUUCGUCGAUCCAAGCACUCCGAAGUGCUGAUUACCGUGACGCUCUCUCCAAAUCCAUCCUCUUCUACGAGGGGAUGCGAUCGGGCAAGCUGCCAUCCAAGCAAAGAGCCAAAUGGAGAGGAGAUUCGGCACUCAACGAUGGACAAGCACAAAAUGUGGUUCUCCGAGGAGGCUACAUCGACUCUGGAGACAACGUAAAGUUUGGAUUCCCCAUGGCAUUCACGAUCACCAUGCUUUCAUGGAGCGUGAUAGAAUCCGGCAAGCAGCUCAAGCGAGCGGGGGAGCUCCAAAACGCCCGCGACGCUAUCCGCUGGGGGACGGACUAUCUCCUCAAGGCCUACAAGCCCCCAAACACGCUCUGGGUCCAAGUGGGCGAUCCCUACUCCGAUCACCAGUGCUGGGAGAGGCCCGAGGACAUGGACACGCCCCGGAACGCCUACAAGAUCGAUCAAUCCGCGCCCGGAUCCGACGUCGCGGCGGAGACAGCCGCAGCGCUCGCCGCCGCCUCGAUCGUCUUCCAGUACGCGAAGCCGGAGUACUCGCGCCAAUUGCUCAACGCGUCCAAACAGGUAUUUGAUUUCGCGGACAAGUUCCGGGGGAGCUAUAGCGAUGCUCUGGGCGGAGUUGUGAGCCCUUUCUAUACGAGUUACUCGGGAUAUAGAGACGAGCUCUUGUGGGGCGCUGCUUGGCUCUACCGUGCCACCGGCGAUGGGAAGUAUUUGCAGUACAUUGGCCUGCACCAAAACGAGCUGGGAGGCCCUUGGACAUCCUACAAUACUCUCAGCUGGGACAACAAGUAUGCUGGUGUGGAUGUCCUCUUGGCAAAGGUGUUUUUGGGAGGAAACCAGAACUGGCUUGCGGCUUACAAGGACCGUGCUGAUGAUUUCGUGUGCUCGGCCAUGCCUGGACGAGCCAGGCUCACACCAGGGGGGCUAUUCUACCAAGGCACAAACAAUCUCCAAUACGCUACGAGCAACGCAUUUCUGCUCAUCACAUAUGCAGGAUACCUGAGCAGCACUAAACAAAGUGUCAGGUGUGGAGGAGGUAGCAAUUUCAAGCCAAAUGAGCUGAUCACUUUUGCGAAAAGACAGAUAGAUUACAUCCUAGGCAACAAUCCGCGGAAAAUGUCCUACAUGGUUGGGUUCGGGGCAAAGUUCCCCCAGCACGUCCACCACCGCGGUUCAUCGCUCCCCUCGAUACACACACAGCCGCAACGCAUCUCGUGCAAAGAUGGAUUCAACUGGCUGCACACUCCAAAUCCCAAUCCAAACUUGCUCAUUGGCGCUGUAGUCGGAGGCCCUGAUCAAAAUGAUAACUACGCAGACAAUCGCGAUGAUUAUUCGCAGUCCGAGCCUUCAACUUACAUAAAUGCUGGUCUUGUGGGUGCAUUAGCCUACUUCACUUGAAAAUAAAAUUCAUUGAAAUGGCUAACACAUAAAUUAAUAUCCAAAUCAAAUCAAAAUCAAAACCAAUUGU